AAGAGGGGGCGGGGUGGCGGCGAGUGUGCUGUUCUUCCAGUCUCUUACCAGUGUCUUUGUCUCACACUCUUUUGUUAGCCAUGCCUAGCUUGCUGGUUCUAGCAGGGAUCAUGGAGAAAAAUGGGGGCUACGGCGGGGAUUUGGCCGGCUCCUGCUUCGGCAGCGAGGGCCUCCUGGUGCCGCCCGAGGAGGAGGAGGACGAUUCCCGUGCCCUUAGAGUUGCGCUGGGCCAACUGUCGCUGCUGGGUCUUGGAGAGGGCGAGGACGGGGCUCCUGCGGGUGGAGGUGGAGGAGUUCAAGACAGGAGUAACAAUAACCACCACAAUCACAUCCAAGCCGAAUCUGGGAUGUUACAAGGGAAGAACAAGUUAUGCGCCUUGUACGACAGCUCGCCCACCGAAACCAAAGGACGGGGCUGCAACAUAACGGAGUGCGUCCCCGUGCCAAGCUCCGAACAUGUGGCCGAAAUAGUGGGGAGGCAAGGUUGCAAAAUCAAAGCUUUGCGUGCAAAGACAAACACCUACAUCAAGACCCCCGUCCGAGGCGAAGAACCAGUCUUCCUCAUCACCGGCCGCAAAGAGGAUGUGGCCCUGGCCAGACGUGAAAUCAUCUCAGCUGCGGAGCACUUCUCCAUGCUGCGGGCCUCCAGGAACAAGUUGGGCGUCUCUUUCAGUGGAUCGCCUCCUGCACCGUUACCUGGCCAGACCACCAUACAGGUGCGGGUUCCCUACCGCGUCGUGGGUUUGGUGGUUGGACCGAAAGGCUCGACUAUAAAACGCAUCCAGCAGCAAACGUGCACUUACAUCGUGACUCCGAGCCGUGACCGUGACCCUGUCUUUGAGAUCACCGGCUCCCCUGGGAACGCAGAACGGGCAAAGGAAGAAAUUGAGGCGCACAUUGCCUUCCGCACGGGUGGCCUGCAUGACCACAACAAUGAGAACGACUGCUUGGGACCUGACAGCGGCAACGGGGGUCUGGAGAGCCGCCUGCAGCAGGUGUGGGGGCUACAGGGGGCCCCGCGCAAACCGCUUGCCAGCAGCUACCGCCAGAAUUUCUCAGACGCCAUGGUCGGAAGUAGUGGAGGAGGAGGAAGUGGGAUUUACAGUAAAGGUGACUUUACCAACCAUGGCAGUGGGGACAAGCCAUGCUCCUACUUCGGAUCUGAGGGCACUCAAAGCUGGGGCGAUCCCGACUAUCCCAAACAGGUGGCUUACUACGCCCAGCAGCGCUCCAAAAGCUUUGGAGGCCUGCCUCUUCCUCUGACCAGACUGUCGCCGGGACUGCCUGAACCAUGCGGCACUGGAAACUCCAACGCUGUCGGGUCUCCUCACGCCCAGGCGCGCCGCGCCCACAGUGAGCCCACCGCUGUCACAGCCACAUUCACCGGACGUCUCCCCGUGCCGGAUUCUCCGCCUGCCGUGGCUCGAGAGUGCAUGACCUGUUUUGAGAGCAAAGUGACCGCCGCUCUGGUCCCGUGUGGUCAUAACCUCUUCUGCAUGGAGUGUGCCAUCCGAAUUUGUGAGCUAAACCAUCCGGAGUGUCCUGUCUGCCACACCCUGGUCACACAGGCCAUCCGGAUAUUCUCCUAAAAAGUCGUUGUUGUUUUUUGUUGUUGUUUGCUUUGCUUUGUUUUUGUUAUUUUGUGGUUCGUUUUUACUCUGUAGAAUCAGUUCACUUUUAAUCUUUUUUUAUUUGGUCAGUAUUCACUUUUUUAUUUUUCAGAAAACACAAAACCAAAACAAGCAAAUAUUUUAGAACACACUGCUUGGUUUACUAAAAAAAAAGAGGAAGAAGUAUUUUCAGAUUUUUCUUUUAUAUGUACACAUAUAUACAUAUAUAUUUUAUAAAAGUUUCUUUAAAAAUGGAAAGAACGUAGUUCUUAGCAUGUUGGUUUCUUUUAGUUUAUUUAAUUAUUUUACUGGUGCUGUUUUUUUCCACAUGGUGUGUGUGGAUGGUAACAGAAGAAAUAAUGUGAACAUUUUACACUUUUCCUUUGCUGGGAAGGUUUAUUAUUAUAUAAAAAAUAUCAUUACAAGUUUAUUUCCUAAGAUUGGAGUAUAGUUUUUUUAAGGCAAACUAGAAUCUUAAAUCUUUGCACCUUAAAACUGAUGUAAAGUGAUUGUUACAAAAAAAACAACAACAACAUUACAUUUUUAGAUGUCUAUACAGAAUAGAUGGUAUAGAAAUAGGGGCUGAUAUGUACAACCUGAUGGCUUUAAAUUUGGAUCAUAUUCUAAACGACAAUUAUGUAGUGUCUGCUUUGUAAAUCAAAUUGAACGGGUAAUUGACGAGUAAAACAGGGAGUUUCUUUUUAUUCAUUUUGUUUUGUUUCUGCUCCAGUGAGCCUGUUAUGUGAUGUAUCUAAAACGGUCUUAUUAGGUACAAUACGAAAAAAACUAUUUGAGCAAACUGAUUGGUCAGCUCAAAAAAACCUUGGAAUUCAUCCAGCAUUCUGUUUUCAAGAGGACUUUCCCGGGUUCUUUCAGUAACGUUUUUAUUCUUUUUUCUGCACUCAGUCAGUAUGUUUAUGAAUUUUUCUUUCUCACAGUUAUUUAGUAGAAGGCUGAGCAUAAGGCAUAAGAUGAAGAACAAAAAAAGCAGAGGGGGCAAAUGAGGGGAGGGGGUCUGUAAUCUGAUCCUGAAUAGACCAAAUAGAUAAAAGCAAGCAAGACUCCGAGCUACCGUACUAUGUAAAUCACCCAUUCCCGAGGUGCAAAGCGUCCUCUGACUGUCCGUCUGUGCUGAGGCAGGUGCUGCAUAUCGUACUUUAGAUGAAGUUUUAUGUAUUUUCUGAGAGUCUGGCUUGUCGGGGGAUGACUGUGCUCUAAAUCUACAAACCGCUCAUUCGCUGUAAUAACUCCAGAUCUCCUCCCAGUGAGUGUAUUGUUUUGUCGCAGUGGUGGUACAAUCCCCGGAGCGCCCCGACAUGGCCUGCCCUAGGAGGAGCUGAUAAUUAGCCAUACAUCAGAGUCCAGGUGCAAAGCAACUGCUGUAGGAAGGAGGGGUGGCGUACAGUGGCGUGAAUGAGGACGGAGACGCCGCACGGGUCUAAACUAGGUGCAGCUGGGGCCCCUCCUGUUGAUCGCUUGCCCGCUCUCGUUCUGGUAUUCCCAUUGGGGAGAAAAGGGGCCUCUUUUGUCCUGCCAUGGGGUGGAAAAAAAUUCAAAGAGAAAAGCUGGCCGUUCUGAGUAGAGAGUGUGACUAGAUAGACCUAAAGCAUUUUUCUUCUGAGAUUUCUCGUUUAAUGUGCACCAGAGACAGGCCGUCGAAGUUUCCAUGGAGUCUUCCUUCAUGAGCGGGACAUCCUGCCGUGACCCCCUCGAGACAGGCCUGCCAGUACACGGUCACGAGCAGCCAAUCGGAGAACAACUUUGAACUCCACAGUGAAAUCAGACAAUUGUAAAUGACAAGAAAGCAGGGGGAGAAACGCCCAAUUUGGUGUCCGCUCAUGCUGAAUCAAAUUACACACCCACUGCCUGUCUCAUUGCAGGCUGGGGGAUUUCGGGAUAGGGGAUUAGAGUGUUCUGAGGUUGGGAAACUAUCUUUUUUUCCCCUUGCUAGAAGGCCACUACAAAAGAACGGAGCCACUGAAAAUGCACUCAGAUUGAAAUGGGUCAGUUUUUCCCCCAUCGAGCCUCUGCGCGCCAUUGCCACAUGUGCGCGGUGUUAGAAGAUAUGCUAGGGUAAGCCUGUGAUUGUAUUUAACUUACUAUAACGAUUUACCUUUGAGCCAUUAGCAUCUUAGAUAUUGGUUCUGAAAAACUUUUGACUGUUACAGCAGAUAUAUUUUGUUUGCUUCAUCUGAAUUUAUGUAUUAUGGCUGCAUUAGCGCCUUGUUUUGCUCUUGUUUUUGUAUUUUAUAAGCGUUAGUGUAUUAAGGUACUUUGUUUAAAUCAAAUAUAUUUCAAGUCCCUUUAAGUAACUCUCAGAUUUGAGAUACAAAACUGAAAAGACUUAAAUUAAAGCUCUUAAAAGCACCUUAUUUUUAAGCAAGCAAACAGCAUUUGCAAUCGAAAAGCAUGUGAAAAAAAUUUCUCAACAAUGAACUCAAGUGGCAAAUACUAUCGUUAUUUUUGCACUUAGGUUAUAUUUUGGGUUAGUCGGUUGCACGGAUAGCAUAUUUUGAACUAGUCACGUAGUGGUAUUUCUAAAUCGAAAUAGUAUUUUAAUUUACUUUAAAAUGAAGGGACGAUACGAUGGCGUUUUCUUGCCUUCAUUUCUGGUUCUUCAAAUCCCCAGCACUGAUCAGGGACAGAAGCACGUCCACUGAAGGAAUGUAUGUUUGUGCAUUUCGGUCAUUUAUAUAUAUGAAAACCAAAACCAUUUUGAGAAAUAGAAUCAAUUAUGCAAACCUUAAUAGCUUGAAUUUUAGAAUCUGAUUCAGAACAACAGUUGUCUGUCUAUAUACCACAUUUCGUUCUCCUGCCUCUUUUAAGGUCACUAGGUCACAGUAUGCAGGAAACAGCAAGAACUGUCUAAAUAAAAUAAGUUAACCCUUAUCCUAAAAUGCACUGUUACAAAAAUGCUUCUGAAUGGUUGACAACCCUAAGAAUAGUUAAAAGCCAUGCACAUUGUAUUUACCAGAUUAAAGCCCCUUUUGAGAACAAAAGCAGUAACAACUUUCCCUAUUAGAAAAUGCAGCAAUUCAAAUGUUUUGUUUCUUAACCAAAUGUCACAACUUCUAAUAGAGUGAUGAUAUACUUCAAAGAAUGUAGCCUGAAUCAAUGAAGAAGGAGCUGUGGAAGUAUUCAGAGCGAGAUAUUAUUCAAUACAGGCUUUUAAAGGGAGACAUUUUAACUGUUAAAGACUUUAUACAGCCAAUCACAGCAAAACUUUUUUAAGUAUUAUUUAUUUGAUAGGAAUAAGACUAUAUUUAUUGACAUUUAGGGAGAUAUAUAAUAAAGACUGACUACCAUAAGCAUAUCAUUAAAUAUAUUUCACUUUAUAAGCAAUUCUGAAAAUAUUGUAAUAGUCUCUAAUAGCCUACUUGCUAGUUUGUAAUAUUGCAUAAGGUGUCAUCCCAGUAGAAAAUUAAAUAAAGUGUGAUGUUAUUGAUGCCCAAAAUCUGAAAGCUCUUCAGAAAAUACAUAGCCAAAAAUUUGGGUUAUCACAAUCAAAUAGGGAAAUUAAUUCAUAUAGAUUAGUUGUACAGCAUUUUGCUUUGCCUAUACUGAUGCAUACGGUUAUGAAAAUACAAAAAUAUAUUUACACACCCUAUUGACAGGAUUUAGUGCAUGUAAGAGCAGCUCAGAAGAAAUACAGAUAUAUUUCAAAUGCAUAUCAGAACGGUCUCAUCAUCUGCAUUCAAAUCAUUUAAACUGGCAAGUUCCACUAUAAUUCAGAAUGACGAGGGUACUAUUAUUAUGCCUAAUCCAAAAUAAUAACUGCCCGUGCAAAAAUACCAUUCUGAUCGAGAAGGGGGAGUGGUCACAACGUACGACUACAGAUUCACAAUGAAAAGUGGUCCGGUUUAGAGUCUGACAGGUUUAGCAAGAAUGUGUUGUCUAACGUGAAGUUUAAUAUUAAGAACCACUGUGAAUCAUUUCUGUUUCUGCUUCUUUUUUUCAGUAAUUAUGUGGUGUUGUUAAACCGUUGCAGUUCAACCGUUGUUCUUGCUUCCUUUUUGGUUGUGCAUGCUGGGAAAUUAUUUUACAGAGCAUUAUUAACCUUUGAACAGCCUGUGUAGAUAAAAUAUAACAGAGCCACUUGUACUACAGAGAUUUUAGUGAGGACUACGGCUGGUGUUUAAUGUAAUGCUGCACAAAGACACCAGUUUAUUUUUCCAAACAUAUUUCUCUUACCCAACGUAAAUUAUCUAAUGCACAAAUACCAGAUAAAUACAGUUGUGCUCAUGUUUACAAACCCCAAGCAGAAUCUGUUUAGAAGGGGCUUAGAAUGAAAAAAGAUUUUUUUUAUUUUUAGUACUGCCCUUAAGAUGCCAUAUACUAAAAGAUUUACACAAAUAAUUUAUCCCGUUCAGAAGUUUGCAUACAUCGAGUUUGUAACACUCUGUUGUCUUCUUGAGCGUCAAUGAUUGUUUGCCACCUUUUGUGAAAGCUGCAUGAGUCCCUCAAUUGUUCCGAGUGUCAGAGCUGGAGAUCAGCACUGUAUAGCCACUGUGGGGAAGAACUCAAAUGUGCAGAGCAUGCUGGGAAACCAAAGAACUUGGAUGAUGUUCAUCAAGAACAGUGGGCUGCUUUAGCAUUCAAAACUGAUACAAACAGUCAUUGAUGCUUGAGGAAGAAACACAUGAAAAUAAACAACGGCAUGUGAACAAUUUUGUCUUGUGGAAUAUGAAGGCAAGACACUAGGUGAAUAGGGUAAAAAAAAUUUUUUUACAAUAGAAAUCACUAUUUUUCUCCAGUUGAUUGAUUACAUUUUUUGUAUUUCAAGUGUUGUGAAAUGUUAGGUUUAAAUAUGCACAUGAGGCAUUAACCUAUUAAAUAAACAAAUGUGCAUACAUUUACAGAACAUACAUUAAAAACACUGGAGAAAGCCUCAUUAAAAAUUCUUCUUUCGUAUUAGUGUUAAAUGUUUUUAAAGAGGGAAAUUUGUAUAUCUUUUUUUUUAUCAGUCAAUAUAAAAAGAAAUUUCACGUUUGAAGGGAAGUAAAUGUAUAGAAUCAGGCAUGAAAUAUCUAUUGUGACGGAAAUCUACAUGAACUGCAAUGCAAUAUUCACUUAAAAGUGUAUUUGCAAUUUUGCAUGUUUUCUUUCCACUAGUCUGAAACCACCCGUUACAAAAAGCCAGAUAGCCCAAAAUCUCUAAGAAAUGACCAGUGCAUGAAAAAUCUAUGAUUUUGCCUGUAGUGUCUUGCCUUGUUUCAAACAACUGCAUAAGGGAUGUACUAAAACAUAAAAUAAAAUGUAAUUUCAAAAUUCUUCAAGGGGUUUGCAAAUUUAUAAGCUGAACUGUCCCUUGCAUUCCUGUAAUGGAUAUAUUUGCAUUUAAAGUCUUGUUUUUUAUGCGCCUGAUUAGGCGAACAGUAUAUACCCUUAUAUGUUCUUAGCAGAUAGUGAAGCUGCAUGUAUUUAUCUAUAACCACUGCAGCGUCCAUUCCAUAGAAUCACCAGAGAACAUAUACGUGAUGCACUUAAGCAAUUAUAAUGCCUUUCAGUAUAGUACAAAGGGCAAAUAAUGUAUUUGAAUGUAAAAAUGGCCACCCAACCAAUGUCUAAUUUUUGCCUUUUGUUUCUUUAUCAAAAGUGAGCUUUAAGUUGAAUUUCAUGGCUAGAGAAAUACCACCAUAUCCGUUUAGGUUCUUCCUCACAGCAUUUAUACAAAGCAACUUAAAAGGGAACGUCAAAUGUCUUAUAGCUGUUUCGUAAGAUUCUAUUUUGCUAACAUGCAUUAUUAUUUCAUAGAGGAAGAGGUCAGUAUCUGGAUGUUAUUUAUGAAUAUCUUUAAUGAAGCAAACAUAUUUAUAAGUAACUUCAAGACGUUUUGUUUUUUAAUUAAUAAAUUAAAAAGUUAAUAUAUUUCUAAAAUGCAUGAAGUUGAUUUCUACUAAAAUGAUUAAAACUAUAGAAUUUUUAUUUAUGAAAGUUAGAACAAUCCACACUUCUGACAGCAUAAAACGAGUGGGGUGGGGUUUCAAAGGCUUAUAUUUUAAAAACGCCGGAUAGGUAAUGUGUGCAUUAACAAUGGGAUAACGGCAGAAAUAUUUUAUAGCAUUUGGGGGUAUUUUAGUCACCUCAACUUUGUGCCUCAAUACCGCGUUUUUGCAUAUUAGAAGAGCUCAGAAGUGUUGUGUACUCAUCCUUUAACACAUCAUAGCUGAGUGAAUAAAGGGUCCCUUCCUUUUUUAAUAUUAAAUUGCUUUUUUUUUAAAUGCAAUUGUUAUGAAGUGAUAACAGGCUGAAGUAAAACAGGGUGAAACAAAAAAAUUAUUGUGCAUAGUACAUGCAUACAGCAGUAAUACAAAAAAAAUAAAUUACAUGUAAUGCCGUUCCAAUUUCCAAUAGUUUAACAAUAUGCAUGAAGAAAAAAAAAAAAACUUUUCCGCAAAUCAAAUGUACCGUUAUCAUAUUUGUUUGCAGGUAUGUGAACAGAAUACAGAUUUUGAGCACAUUCACAGUAAUACCGUUAUUUGCAUGUAACAUCUAUCAACCCGUUUUGUCACAUAUAAAUGAGGUUUAUGUACAAACUACUCUCAAGGGUUGAUUCCUACGUUUCAUUAUUACCAAGAGUGUCUCAAACAUGUCAAAGCGGUGAACAAUUGUUUACAAGAUUACACGGAGAAGCAUAUAUAGACUCAGUACUUACUUCAUGGUGAACACGCAUCUCGACUUUGUUUUGGCUCUGUGGUGGCAAUGAUAGUUGUGUAGUGGUUUCAAUUUCAGUCAGACAGGAACAUGGGUUGGGGGUGGGGGUUUAGGCCGGUCACUGACGUGACCUCGCUUGGGAUGAGUUACUCCGGUCCGACAGUCUGUAUUUGGUAGCUUCCAGCACAGUAGAAGUGUUUCAUACAGCUCUCAUAGUGGUCUUAGUGCAUUAGUUUGGUCAAGCAUCUUCUGGUACUAGUGUUCAAUUUAUUGUCGAUAAACGAGGGGUUUGCCAUUUCAUAGACAAGGCUAGCCAAUACUCCACGAGUCGUUUUAAUUUCAUAAUUCAGUAUCGUGUCCACACGCGACACGCAAACUGCAGGUUUUUCCUUAGAACAUGUUCUCUGUGACCUUUGAUCAAUGUAUCUAUGCCAUACUAGUUUUUUUUUUUUUUUUUUUUUGGUUAUUUUCGAGAAAUUGUAUCGUAA